AUGGAGUGGAGGUGGAAUAGGAAGGUAACUACAUUUCAAACAACCAACGGUGUGGUAUUUGAGGUGCCACAUUUCACGAUACGCUCGUUACAAAGGAACACGAUCCUUUUUUAUUCGGCUGCCAAACGCCUUGUUUUCGAUAGACCUAAUCGUGGUAUAUCGCAGGGCAUGAAGGAACAAAUGGAGUUGUCUAAGAUCGUAGAGAACGUAAACACUCAAAGUAGGACCAUUUACUUCAUCCGGCAUGGGCAGUCUAUGUGGAACAAAACCUUCGACCGUCGGUCAAGUUUAUUGAGCAUUCUAUGGCGAAUUAUUCGUUUGUUAGUCACCGAACUAUCUUUCGCUCCGACGAAUGACAGCUUCUUUUACGACUCGCCACUAUCAAUGAACGGUAUCAACCAGGCCCUGGAGUUGUCCAAGGAGCUUAGCAACUCCGAGAGUCCCAAGUGUGCCGAUGUAAAUAUUUUUAGGGCCGAAUCAGGCCAGCGUUGUGCUUUAUUCACAUCUAACCUGCGCCGGGCUCAGUCGACUCUCAUGCUGGCUCUCCAGAGCCGACUAAACCACACUGGAGAGGUAAUAGAGGUUUGCAAUGAGCUUGAGGAAUUGGUCCCUCAUCCCGACUGUGUCUCUCUGUCUACCACCUUGAAUUCCUCUACUAUCCCCUUUCUCGAGGCUAUGAUGCUCCCGGACAGCGCAAUGCAGUAUUCCCACUUCCUGCACCGGGCUGCUGGCCCUGGAUUGUCGCAUCUCUCGGCAUACAAAAAGAUGUUAAUUUUCAACGAUCGCAUUUUUAAUCAACCGGAAGAAUGCAUUAUAGUUUGCGGUCAUAGCGCAUGGCUCAUGAACUAUUUAACAUGUUUCUUACCGCAAUACUCGCACGAGAUAGAGUACCGCUACAAGAAGAUUGGAAAUUUGGACACUCUUCGUUUCGAACUGGUGCGUCGCGAACUCGGUAAUGGAGAAAUAUCAUACAUUGUGGACCCGAAUAGCGUAAAACUUGUAUACAAAAAUACUGUAUAA